AUUCAGUGUCACAUUCGAUUUUGAAGGGACCGUUUGUCUCAUUCGGAACGAAAUAUUAUAUUUUUCUAGGAUUUAUGCUAUUAACAUUGUGAACUUAUUGAUAUACGACGUUAUUCUUAGUGUGAUUCUUGUGUGGUGUUGUAAUAAUUUUAAAAAUAAUAGUUUCAGUCAGUGUUUUAAUUUUUUUGUACAUUUUAUCCCACUCCGUAUUUGUGUACACAUGUGAUCGAUAUAAUUGGCGAAUUUUCCGUUUUUGAGGAUCGCAGGAGGAUGAGGCCAUAACUUCACACGCGAGACACAGACAGCAGCCAGGAUGGAGGAGCGCGAGGCUGACGAUGGGCCGGGCGUGCCCGACAUGACGAUGAUGCCGCAGAUCACCGAGCCGGCCAUCAACGACAACCUGAAGCGCCGCUACAGACACGACCUGGUCUAUACUUACACGGGUUCCAUUCUAGUCGCAGUGAAUCCCUACAAGGAACUAGGAUGUUACACGACGGAGCACAUGCAAAAUUACAGGGGAAAAGCCUUCGGCAGUCUUCCACCACACGUGUUCGCGUUGGCCGAAUCUGCUUACAGCUCUUUGCAGAAUGGCGAGAAGAACCAAUCAGUGGUGAUAUCUGGUGAAAGUGGCGCAGGGAAGACUGAAACAACCAAACUGAUUCUGCAAUACCUGUGCGCCGCUGGAGGACAGGCGUCCUGGGCCGAACAGCAAAUCCUAGAAGCGAACACCGUCUUGGAAGCUUUUGGUAACGCGAAAACCGUGCGCAACGACAACUCCUCUCGUUUCGGCAAGUUCGUGGAAGUCCGCUUGGAUCAUCGCGGCGGCAUCAAGGGCGCUGUCCUCAGGGACUUCUUGCUGGAGCGGGCCAGGAUCACCGGCCCCGCGCCCCGGGAGACCAACUACCAUGUGUUCUACCAGCUGGUCGAGGGAGCUAAGCACAACGUAGAGCUCCGGUCGACGCUACGUUUACGCGACGAUAUUCAGUACAAGUAUCUGACGCCCGAAGAAGACGGUGCCCGCAAAGGUCGAGCGAGCGAGCAAGGAAAGCUUGAAGCGCUGCAACUAGCGCUGACAGUGCUGCAGGUGCCGCCCCACAUGUGCGAGGGGCUGUUUAAAGUACUCGCAGCGGUUCUGUGGCUUGGGAACAUACAGUUCCAGGACGUCGACGGAGAGCGCACAACCCUAGCACCGGAGGACGCGGAGGCGGUGGACGCGGUGGCAACCCUGCUAGGGCUGGCGCCUCCCACCGCCCAGCGAGUGUUGCUGGAACGACAAAUCAACGUCCGUGGAAAUGUCACUGAUAUACCGCUACGGUUGCCUGAAGCGCGCGAAAAUCGUCACGCCAUGGCGCGAGCGUUGUAUUCGCGAACGUUCGCGUGGCUUGUUCGCCACGUGAACAGUACGUCGGCACCCGGACGGGAAGCGCCGCGAGCACUCGGCGUUCUAGACAUAUUCGGCUUCGAGAACUUCGCGUGCAACUCACUCGAACAACUCUGCAUCAACUACGCCAACGAAAAGCUGCACAUGUUCUUCAAUAACUACGUGUUUGCUCUGGAACAAGAAAUCUACCGUCAAGAGGGAAUAGUGUACAACCAAAUCCAGUUCACAGACAACGCUGCCUGUCUGGAACUUUUAGAAAAACCGCCUAGGAGUUUGCUCAAAUUGCUGAGCGAACAAUGUCACAUGCCAAAGGGAUCCGACGGUGCCUACCUUACCAACAUCCAAGGUGAAUUCGGCGAACACCAAAGCUUCGUGAAAGGCUCCCGUAGAAAAUGGGAGGAAGAGUUCGGAGUCCAACAUUACGCCGGGGCAGUGACGUACAGUGUCCAAGGGUUCGUUGACAAGAAUCGGGACACACAACAAGACGCCUUCAUUGAUCACUUGAGCAGAUCUGCUAACCCUUUUGUGAGGGAACUUGCUGAUUAUGUGCAAGAGUUGGCACCGCCUGGGCAUGAUAUAUCACUCUCGAGUCCUAAUUCCACCGGCACUACUCAGAGAGGCACCUCCAAAGGUCGCCCGACAGUGGUGGACACUUUCAGGGCUCAACUACAGUCUCUAGUCGACAUGCUACAAGCCACCGAUGUUUGGUACGUCCGCUGCAUAAAGCCCAACGAGAACAAGGAGGCGGGUCGGUACGACGAUCAACUAGUACUGGAGCAACUACGUUACCUCGGAAUGAACGAGAUAGUUCGCAUCCGUCGCGAUGGAUAUCCCGUGCACCUGCCCGCGCCACACUUCCAGGCGAGAUACCGCUGCCUGUUGCCGCACCCGAGACCCGAGCGGCCUGAGCCUGCUACUAUCAUGGCAGUAGUGCAAGCGCCCAAAGACGACUGGCAGAUCGGCCACACGAAAAUUUUCAUGCGGAGCUCCGUACACUCGCCGCUCGAAGCUAAGAGAACGUUCCUCCUUCAGUCCUCCGCAUUGCUUUUGCAAAAGUGGUACAAGGGCUCAAUAAAACGCCGUCAAUACCUCCAAUGGCGGAACGCCGUCAUAGUCCUACAGUCCGCGUGGCGCGGUUGGAAGGAACGAGCCGCCUUCUUAAGGCUAAGAAGAGCUGCACUAACGCUACAGAGGCACCUACGCGGGGCCUUCGCUAGGGAGGUCGCUGCGGCCCUCAGGGAGAUGAAGAGGGUCAACCAGGAGAUCAAGCUGCGGGAAGAGAGGAAUAGCCUAGCAGAGAAAGUGUGCGCCGAGCGUGCGGAGCUUGAGACGAUGGCGGAACAGCUGCGCGGCCUCGCUGUGGGCGGAGUGAACGGAGCCCGUACGGACUCACUCAACCUGGACAAUCUGUUCGAUUUCCUCGCCGAGGUUCCUGCGCAGCGUGGAGCGCCCGACGGCCAACCAGACAGGCAGCCUACUAUCGCCGAAAUCGGCGCCUCCAUGGAACGAUUAGCCGACGAUCUACAUCAGGAGUUGGAGCAUGUCCUAGCAGCGGAAAUGAAUGAACUGAGCAAGUCUCACACGGAAGCUCAGCGGAAGCCAGACGGCGCGCCUUCAGAAGCGAUCCCCCCUCCCCCUCCCUCAACCCUCGCCUUACACACGGUUAUACAGCCGUCCCUUCCGCCAUCUAUGACGUCAUCGAUCACCAACGGCAUGACGGCGUCGCUGACCAACGGCAUGACGUCGUCGCUCAACGGAAUGUCGCCGAUGUCGAACGGCGAUGCUUCUAUGGGCGGCGAUGUGAUGACGUCAUCGCUGACGUUGCCUCCUCCCCCGCCGGCCGGUGACGCUUGCGUGGAACAGUCGCCAGUGUUCCCCCCGCCCCCUCCCGCCUGCUCGCUGCCCGAGCCCGCGGGCCCGCCGCCCCCUCCGCCACCCGCGCCGCACCCGCACCCGCCCGUGCCGCAAGCCAGAGAUACCACCCCACUGGAGUUGACGAACGGCGUGAUCCCCAACGGCAAGCUAUCCGUGAUCAACGGCAAGGAGCCCAUAUACGAGGCGGUCAUACCGCGGGCAGAACCCACGCCCAAAGAUUGCUCUACCAAAGAAAUCACAUUGCCUACACCGCCGCCGCCGCCGCCGGAUAACAACGGUUUACUAAACAAAGAGGCUGUGGAAGUAGAAGAGAAGCCAUCGCCACCCGCUCCGCCUCCAUUGGUUGAGGGCAACAUCCCCCUAUCCCCGCCCUCGCCCCCACCCCCUAUACCCAUGGAUACGUGCGUCAGUCCACCGCCCGCACUCAACGGAGACUUAUCCGGUACAGAUCGCAACGCUCGUCGCAAGGAGCGGGUAGAACGACGCCUACACCAGAUGGAGGUGGCGGCCUCGCCCCCCGCCACUGCUCUGCCACCCACCACACCCCCUGCAGAUGCCGUCAAAGAUCUGUCGGAGUUCGCCAAACUCUACUUCAAUGAUCACCCGAGAUCGCCAGAAGGUACUAUAAUGGCGACCCUCACUCGCAAGAGCAAGUCUAUGGAGAUGCUGACCAAGGAAGAGAUGAUCACCUACUACAAAGGGAACAGCAUACCCACUUCCCACAUACAGUUGCACGACCCGGAAAGCGUCACCGCUGCCGUUAACAUGUUCCGGGAACUUUGCCGAUACAUGAGGGGAGAGCUAACGCCCGAUAAAGAAACUCAAGUGAUCCAGUCAAUUAUAGCCAAAGGGUUGGAACGAGAGGAGUUGAGGGACGAGAUACUAGUGCAAUGCGUUAGACAGAUAACGGAAUGUCCUGUGGAGGAAUGGGCAGAGAGGUUAUGGCUGGUGCUCUGUUUAUGCGCCGUAGCGUGGCAACCGAGCCGCGGUCUCUCUCGCCACUAUUGCAGCUGGCUGCGGGCGCGAGCAAGACAGGCGCCGCCCGCCAGAGCCGCGCACUGUGCUCAAUGGUGCCUGGACAACUGCAGGGGCGCGGCGCCCAGGCAGCUGCCGCCCAGCACUGUCGAGAUCGCGGCGAUGCGUCGUCUCGGCACUAUAGUGUGCCGGUUCUUCUUCCUGGAUGGGCGCACUAAAGCCAUUGACGUGCAUCCGGCCGAUACUGCGGCGGCUGCAGCUGCCAGAUUAGCUGAUAAACUGGGGCUGGCACCUCAGUCCAGGGCUGGAUGGGCAGUCUACCAGCAGAGGGGCGGGAAGGAGGAACACGUCAGAGCAACCCAGUAUUUGUAUGACGUCAUCGCUGCGUGGGAAAUGCAACAAGGUCCAGGCGGAGGAUCGGCUGACAACCGUUUCGUAUUCAAACGUCGUUUGUUCCGCGGCGGUCGAGAGCUGCCGCAUGAUCCCGUCGAAGUUGCACUACUUUACGCUCAAGCGGUGCAUAGCGUUGUUAAGCUGGACGAGUUCCCCGUGUCAGAGAAAGUGGCACUCCAACUGGCGGGGCUUCAAGCGCAAGUUUCCCUAGGGGAACCCCCGCCUAGCCCUAUGCCUCCCCAUACUCGUGCCUACUACGCUCACCCGGAGCAGUUCCUACCGCAGCGAGUGGCUAGAGCUAGACCUCCGCACCAAUGGGCCACAAUCCUGGCGCAAGCGCAUCGCCAGUACGGCGCCGGUCGAGCGGAGUUGACUGCGAAGGCACUAUACUUGUCAUGUGUGAUGCAAUAUCCACUCUACGGAGUUACGCUUUUCCCAGUCACUUACAAAGGAUACUGGGCACACGGUCCAAACGUACUAUUGGGGGUUGGAUCUGAGGGCGUAGUGUUAGUACGGCCUUCUGACAAAGUGGUUUUAGCUGAGUAUCCGUAUAGCAACAUUGCCGCACUGCUUAUGGACCCCGUGGACAAUGGACUCACCAUCAGUCUCACGCAUCACGGUCAGCACGACGGCCAUAGGUGCAUAGUAUUAGAGUCUGCUCAAAAGCACGAAGCGGCUUGGCUGAUGGCUGCAUACAGCCCAGUGCUAGCCAACGGUUUAGCUGACGAGCCGCCCCGCAGGGCUGCGCCGACUUCAGAAAGGUCUAGACUAGCUGGUGCCUUGAAGAGUGCUCGCCGGGCGUUAGUUGACUCUGGCAUGCUCAGGCGACCCACUGAACUCUCUACUGGCAACUUCCUGAGAAACACUUUGAGAAGGCUUAGCAAACACCGUCUCGAGAAGAUCCGUCUAGACACAGCGGCGGAGAGUCAAGGCGAGUGCUACAAGGGUUUUCCUGCUGGCUACUGGUGCUGGUCACGCUCGCUGCCCCACAGUCUUACUAAACUUAACGAGGCAGAGGAAGUGGCCGCCAUGCAGAUAUUCAAGGACAUAAUGAGUCACGCAGGCCUGAGCACUAACGAGGGUAGCACCAGCAACCUGGCCAAUAACAACAGCGUGAGCAGCCAGGAGAGCGAGAGCGACGACCGCGUCUCGCUCGCACAGUCGUUGCUGCAACGCUGCCUGCAGAAGGACACGCUGCUGUGCGAACUAUACGUUCAACUCAUCAAACAGACCACAGAUCACCCGGAGCCAUCGUCUCGCGUCUCGGGUCGCCACUGGGCAUUGCUUUGCGCAGCCGUCGGAGCCGCGCUACCUCCCGCUAAACCAGUGCGAAGGUUGCUGCUAGCCCAUUUGAGGUACAGAGGCGCCGCCCUGCACACAGGAGAGGACGGCAAGUUCGCGCGCAGGGCCGAACAGGUGGCGCUAAGCAUCGCCCAAGUGCCCCGCCGUUUAGCGGCACCAUCAAAGGAAGAGGUUCUUUGCGCUGGUGCCCGUCGGCCGAUGCAUGUGCGAGUGUUACUAUUGGACGGGAAACAACACGGGCUAGUGUUCGGCCCCGCCGCUACUGCCGACCAUUUAGGCGCCAUGCUGCGGGAGAAGAUCGGCCUGAGCGAUGCCGCCACAGGUUACGCGUUGUAUGAGGUUUGCGCGGGCGCAGGCGGUACUGGCGCCGGUGAGAGAGCUUUAGGUGGAAAUGAGAGAGUGGGAGACGUCCUGGCUCGAUGGGAGAAGGCCGGCGCUACAGCCGCUGCUUGCAGACUGGUGUUCAAGAAGCGACUGUUCCUCGGCGAGAGGCCUUUACACACAGCGUGCGCCGCAGAGAUGGAGCUCCUGUACUAUCAAGUUUUACACGCCGUGCGACACGACCGCUUACCCAUCGAAACCGAUGAAGCGGUGAUGCUAGCGGCGUUACACGCGCAAGUGGUGAACGGCGACUGUCUGGGCGGCGGGGAAGAAUGCGCGGUCGCAGCGGGCGCCGUGCUGCCCGCGAGACUGACGCAGCCUGCCCUCCCCGCGCCCGCCGUCCGCCUGCACCAUCUGGCGCUGCGCGGCACCGACGCGCACGCCGCCAUGCAGCGCGCCCUCACGCUCGCCGCCUCCUGGCCGCUCGCACGCGCCACCAUCUAUGACGUCAUGGUCAGCCCCCCCUCCCCUCCCCGCGCCCGCCGUCCGCCUGCACCAUCUGGCGCUGCGCGGCACCGACGCGCACGCCGCCAUGCAGCGCGCCCUCACGCUCGCCGCCUCCUGGCCGCUCGCACGCGCCACCAUCUAUGA